AGUCCUAAAAGAGAAGUUUCCAACCCACAUAGGAAAGCAUAUAUUCCCCUUUAAAAAUAAUCAAGUCUGGGACUGCAACUGCUUUAACUAUAUGGAUCAUCAACAAAAAAUCCUACUUCCCACUAGUUAUAAUAAAUUUCCAUAAUUAUUACAAGCACACAGAUCUUUCCAUGGACCCUUUGACUCUCAAGAUCAGGCUGUUCUUCCUCCACUGGAUUCACUGCAGAUCUCACCCCAGUUCAGUGUCCUUAGUCAAGCACUUUUCAUACAAGGAUAUAAAGAGAGCCACUGACGGAUUUAGAAGAAUCCUUGAUACCUCUUCCAAUGGGGGGGUGGCAUAUAGAGCUAGGUUUCAGAAUGGCCAGGUUGCUUUUGUUAAAGAAAUCAAAAUUCUUGAUGAUCAAGACGACGAUGUGUUCUUUGGUGAAGUUCGGCUCCUUGCGCGUUUGCAUCAUCGCCACAUUGUUGCUCUUAGGGGUUUCUCGAGUGGACCUAAGAGGUUUCUGGUGUUUGAAAGUACGGAGAAUGGAAGUCUGAAGGAUCACCUGUCCGACCCUUUGAAGACUCCAUUAAACUGGAGAACAAGGUUGCAGAUAGCCAUUGGCAUAGCUGCUGCUUUGGAAUACUUGCAUUUCUUCUGUGAUCCCCCGCUCUACCUCGCUACCAUCAGUUCAAGUACCAUUAUGUUGGACGAGAACUUCACCGCAAAACUUGCUGAUAUCAGCCUCCUUUGUCCUGUUGGAAGUGACACAAUGCUGCCAGAAUCAUCAUGCUCAAAAGUAUGUAGGGGUGAGAGAUGCAAGAACUUGGUUUUCCAGCUGGGAGUGCUGAUCCUGGAGCUAAUCACUGGGCAAUCUGCAGAAGAUGGGGGUGGCGAUUUAGUGAAGUGGGUACAAGAAUCUCGAUUCAGAACAUCAAUAUACAAAAUGUUGGAUCCUGAUCUUGGAGAUGAGUAUGAUUCCCAGGAGCUCAAAGGUCUUCUAACAGUGGCAAGAUUGUGUAUAAAAUCUGCUAACAAGCCAGCAGUAAAGACAUCCCAGAUUUUAUGGUACCUCCAAAACAAAAUAAGGAUCACCCAAGAUGUUGUCCAAUAGUGGUUCUUUAUAUGUAGUACAUGGCUUUUUGGUUUGAUCAAGAAACAAGCUGUUUGUUUACACAUUUCACAGUUCCAAUAUAGAAGGAUUUAUAAAGGAAAAAGGGCAGAAACAGGUAGUUUACUGCUGAGCACAUUGUACUCUCUGGGCUCCACCAUGCAUAUCAUCACCAUCCUCUUCAUAUGCCUCCUGCUGGUGGGCCCGCUUUCGCCGCAUCUCCUCCUCGAUGUUAACAUCGUGCAAGGUGGUCUCCUCGCAUUCGUCGAUUUCCAUGUCCGAGUACUGUGACUUUUGCCUUGGUGGCAGGAUGGCCUCCAGUGCCUUAACCUGUUCUGGGCUGAGGGAGUCUGGGAAGUCCACAAUGAAAUGAAUAUACAGUUUUCCUUUCAUGAAUGGCCUCUGGUAUGCUGGCAUUCCUUCAUCAUUGAUUGCUUUGAACUGAUCUGAAAACAGUGAGUGAAUAUAUCAAAGUUAGUUAGUUAGUGUUGAGUGGAGGCUGAUAAAAAGCUAAGUCCAGCAAUUGGUUACUAAAGAAUUGUUGGGCCGAGACUGAUAACGGGCCAAAUCCAACAUCUUGUCUAUCGAAAACGUGUGACAGUAUAAAGAAAUAAAAUUGCGCCUUCGUUACGAA